UGCCCCUAACAAAGAUGUCGGCUGAAUACUAAGCGCCUGCGUGCUCGCUCUCUGGACGGAAGGGUGAAAUAAGCCGCUGCGCUCUGAUUGGUCGGUUCAAGAAAUUGGGCAUUUUGAACGUUUGGCGGUUUUUGAAGUCAGAUCCGGCCGCACGGUAGAGGGGAGAAGAGAGCUGCUGUACCGGGCGCGGAGUUCCACUGAAGGCGGGUGAGCGGACGUGCCCCACAACCCCUCCUAGGUUUGUCUGGUUGCGACAUGGGAAAAGAUGAGGGUAUCCCUGUGAGGGUAGCUCUAAGAAGUCGUCCUUUAGUACAGAAAGAGAUCAAUGAUGGCUGUAAGACGUGCCUUACUUUUAUCCCUGGGGAACCUCAGGUGAUCGUUGGUAAUGAAAAAUCGUUCACAUAUGACUACGUGUUUGAUCCAUCUGCUGAGCAGGAGGAGGUGUACACCACAGCUGUAGCUCCUCUUAUUCAAGGCCUGUUUAAAGGUUACAAUGCAACAGUUCUUGCUUAUGGACAGACUGGAUCUGGAAAGACCUUCUCAAUGGGAGGUGCUUACACCCAUGACCAAGAGAACGAACCAACUGUUGGUGUCAUCCCAAGAGUUGUCAAGGCAUUGUUUAAGGAAAUUGAACAAAGGGCAGACUGGGAAUUUCUUCUUAAAAUAUCUUACUUAGAGAUCUAUAAUGAGGAGAUACUUGACUUGUUAUAUUCUCCCCGGGAGAAAGUAUCCCAUAUCAGCAUUCGUGAAGACCCUAAGGAAGGCAUUAAGAUUUGUGGCUUAACAGAAAGGGAUGUAAAGACUGCCGUGGAUACAAUAAGUUGCUUGGAGCAGGGGAAUAGCUCUCGAACUGUGGCUGCUACAGCUAUGAACUCCCAGUCUUCGCGAUCGCAUGCCAUCUUCACAGUCUCAAUAGACCAGAAAAAGAUUGGAGAUAAAAACAGCAGUUUUCGCUCCAAACUACAUCUUGUCGAUCUUGCUGGGUCAGAAAGGCAGAAGAAGACCAAAGCUGAAGGUGAUCGUCUGAGGGAAGGUAUUAGCAUUAACCGUGGCUUGUUGUGUUUGGGCAAUGUUAUUAGCGCUUUGGGAGAUGAAUCGAAGAAAGGAGGCUUUGUGCCAUACAGGGAUUCUAAGUUAACCCGACUUCUACAAGAUUCCCUUGGUGGAAACAGUCAUACUCUGAUGAUUGCUUGUGUCAGCCCUGCUGAUUCAAACUUGGAGGAGACCAUAAAUACUCUGAGAUAUGCCGACAGAGCUAGGAAAAUCAAGAAUAAACCUAUAGUAAACACUGAUCCUCAGGCUGCAGAACUUCAGAAGCUUAAACAGCAGGUGCAAGAUCUGCAGGUUUUGUUGCUACAGGCGCAUGGAGGGACACUGCCUGACUUAUCAAACAUGGAACCAUCUGAAAAUUUACAGUCUCUUAUGAUGAAGGCCAAAACCUUAGAGCAAGAAAAUGGCAAACUGAGCCGAGAGCUGAGUGAGGCUGCAGAACAAACUGCACAGAUUCUAGAGAGAAUUAUUUUGACCGAGCAGGAGAACGAGAAACUGAAUGCAAAAAUGGAGGAACUUAAGCAACAUGCAGCUUGUAAGGUUGACCUACAGAAGAUAGUUGAAAUGUUGGAAGAUCAGGAGCUAAAGGAAAACGUAGAGGUUAUUCGCAACUUGCAGCAGGUCAUUGUGCAUCUUCAGGAUGAAAGUUCAGGAAUUGCUGCCUCUAUUGAAGCUUUGGUUGGUGAGGUCACAAACUCUCCUCCGUCUUUAGAGAAUAAAGAUAAUGGAGAAAAGCGAUCUUCUGAUGGAUUUACCGCUAACCAUGCCCUUAGACAGGCGCAUCUUUCCAAAGAACUUAUUGAGCUGAAUAAAGCAUUGGCUCUAAAAGAAGCUCUAGCAAAAAAGAUGGCCCAAAAUGACAGUCAGCUAGAACCGAUGCAGGGAGAGUAUGUGAAUAAUAUAAAGGCAUUGGAAACAGAAGUGGCUGCUUUACAGAAGGAGAAGGAAGAGCUAAUAAUCACCCUUCAUUCGGCCAAGAAAGAUACUAACCAGGCUAAGCUAAGUGAAAGAAGACGGAAAAGGUUGCAAGAACUAGAGGGUGAGAUGGGCGAAUUAAAGAAAAAGCUGAAUGAGCAAUCAAAGCUUCUGAAGUUAAGAGAGUCCACUGAAAAAACUGUUGGCAAACUCAAUCAAGAGAUUCAAGCAAUGAAAAUGCAGAGAGUACAGCUUAUGAGGCAGAUGAAGGAAGAUUCUGAAAAGUUCCGCUCCUUUAAACAACAGAAGACCAAGGAAGUCAUUCAGCUUAAGGAAAAAGAUCGUAAGAGGCAGUAUGAACUACUGAAAUUAGAAAGAGAUUUCCAGAAGCAGGCCAAUGUACUACGCAGGAAGACAGAAGAGGCGGCAACAUCAAACAAAAGAUUAAAAGAAGCUUUGCAGAGGCAGAAGGAAGCUAUGGAUCGGCGUAAAGAUAGUCAGAACAGAGGCAUGGAGGGAGCAUCGGUUAGAGUUAAGAGCUGGCUGGCCAAUGAAGUGGAAGUCCUUGUGAGUAUUGAGGAAGCUCAAGGACAUCUUAAUGAUCUUCUUGAAGACCGAAAGAUACUAGCUCAUGAUAUAGCACAACUGAAGCAGAAAAGGGAUGCCGGGGAGCGCAUACCAGCUAAAAUCCGUAGGCGGACAUACACUGUGGCAGAGCUUGAGAACAUGGAAGAGGAGUCUUCAGUCACCAAGCAGAUUCAGAGCUUGGAGACUGAAAUAGAGCUCAGGAGUGCUCAGAUAGCUGAUCUUCAGCAAAAGUUGUUGGAUGCAAACAGUGAGGAAGAUCGGGUGAAACAGAGAUGGGAAACGAUCACCAACAUUAUGGAAGCAAAGUGUGCCCUAAAAUACUUAAUGGCUGAGGUGAUUUCUGCCAAAGUUCAAAAUAGUAAGCUUAAUAGCAGUCUUAAGCAAGCCAAGGAUCAUGCUGCUGAUCUGCAGAAGACAAUAUUUGAAGAACGAAAUCAGAUGGCUGAAAUGGAGACUGAGCACCAAAGCCAGCUGGUUGAGCUUGAGCAGCAGCAUCAGGAGAAGGUACUUUAUUUGCUGAGCCAGUUACAGCAGAAGCAGCCCUUAGCCCUCAAGAUUGAAGAACCUGCUGAGGAUAGAGUGACAGAGAGGGAGAAACAGCUGCUGGAGAGGUUGAAGUUCCAGGAUGAAGAAAUUGAAAAAAUGAAGGAACUAUGUGAGAAGAACCAACAACUCAUGCAAGAAAAUGACUUAUUCAAGCAAAAAUUAGCUCUACUUCAAGUUGCAAGUGGAAAGAAGGUGUUCAAUACAUCUGAGAGAAAUGCCAUUAGUUCUCCAGACUCUCCCUUUGAUUUUAUUCCCCCAAAGCCUAAAAAUCUACGUAGAACAACUGCAAAAUCCGCUACCGUUGUCUUGGAAGACUUGAUAUCUGCAUCUGAAGAGUCUGAGGAUGAUUCAAGUGAUAAAAACUGGAUCCCUGGCCAAGAAUCCAAACAGUCUAAGAAAGUGCCCAAUGGGUGCUCUUGCAAAGGGCGAUGCGGAAAUAAAAUGUGCCGGUGUAGAAAAAAUAAGCAGAACUGCUCAGAGGAUUGUUGCUGUGAUGCUUCUAAAUGCCGCAACAGAGAGAGCUUCUCGGAUGAUGCCAAUAGUGAGGAUCAAUCACGGGAGUCUGAAAAUUCCAUGAAGAUUGACUUCAAUGGAGAUGUAACAGCCGGAAGCUCAUUUUUUACACCACCUUGUGUCACACCCACCAAAAAGGUUCUGCGGGAGAUUGGGGACAUUGGCCAGGUGCUCUCCAUGAAGCUGCAGCGCAAGCCCAGCACUGGGGCUCCACUGAGUUCUGAUUUGCAAGAAAAUCAAGCAUCUAUACUGAAGAAAAAGAAAAAAGCACUUUGCAAUAGUAAUACCAGCUUCUUCUCUGGAUGCUCACCUAUCACAGAGGAUGAGUGAAGAAACCGGAUACUUUUACCACAUUGUACAACAGUCAAUAGAACUGUACAACUGUCCUGCAUAGGAUAAAAUCAUUAGUUCUAGGGAAAAGAGGACUUUAAUGUUCAUUUUAUAAAUAAAUUAGUGAAGCAGCAAAACUUGUAAAUAUUUAUUUGUUUGUACUGGCAUAAGAGGGGCACAGAAGUUUUAUAUGCUAAAAAUCCUUCCAUUACACUUCUGAGGCUAGUAAUACCAGCGUGGAAAACUGCCUUGGCCAACAGUAACACCUAAAGUGCAGAACAGAAAAAUUAUACACCAUUGCCACCUGCAACACAAAAAGAUAAGACUUUGAUAUGUACAUUGGGCAUGUGGUCAGGAUAGUUUAUCAGCAGGGUGCCUAAACCUGGCACCUCUCCAAUCAGCUGUUCGACUUCUGCACUUCACAGAACACAAAGCAGGAAGCAGUGGGCUCUGUGGUGUGUGUCUCCCCCCCCCCCCCCCUUCUCCCUGCAGCCUUAACUAUUGACCUCAAUAAGAGCUGAGAUUGCAAUACCUCUUACCACCGCUACAGAUUACAGAGCCAAUUGCCUCCAGCCCAGCGCUCUGUAGUGUUGGUGCUGAACAUCGUUGGGGGGUGUCUGCCGAUUAAAGGCUACUAGCAGAAAACCACUUUCAGCUGUCGAAGUCUUAAACUAUUCAGCCUAACUGUAGAUGCAUAUUCUGUAAUGCCAAGCCUCAUCAAAUUCCAGUGAUGUAUUUUACUAAUGAAAUCCAUUUUAUUCGAAGUCCCCAAUUUUUAUGCAAAAAUGUUGUCUUGUUUGUUUUUUAUUGUAUCUCAUUACUAAUAAAAUGCCCAAGUUUUAUUCCUACCAUGAUUUUUAAUAGACUUCCUGUUUAAAAGAUUGUUGAUCUUACAGGCAUCAGACUAGUAAGGUGUUAACUUACCAUGUAAUAAAGA